AUGGAGCAGAUAUUAGGUGGAGCUCUAGAAAUUGCAGCUGGCUUUGUGAAGGACAGAGUCCAAGAACAUAGCUUGGAGCAGGAGAGGAAGGACAAGAAGAAGGAUUUCCUGGAUGUGUUAUUGGCAUUCCAAGGCAAUAAGGAGGAUGAGCCCAAUAAGAUCUCCAGAAAAAACCUUAAUGUGUUCAUACUGGAAUUGUUCAUUGGGGCUACGGAGACAACAAAUAGUACAACAGAGUGGGCAAUGACAGAGCUACUUCGGAACCCAGAAUCCAUGAACAGAGCAAAAGAAGAGCUUGAUAAAGUUGUGGGUUGGGAAAGAAAGGGAGAAGAGAACGACAUUGGACAGUUGCAGUAUCUACAGGCAGUGCUGAAGGAGACAUUGAGGUUGCAUCCACCCACUCCUUUACUUUUACCACGGAGAGCAGUGGAGGAUACAGAAUUGACACCCCUAAAUGAUAUAUCCUUCCGUGUAUGUUCUUGCAUCCCUUGUACUUUCAUACACCCAACUUUACUCCUAAUGGUGAGUUUCGAAAUGCUUCCAUCUCUAAGUGGACUGAAACCUGACAUUUGA